AUGCCUGAUAUUAUAAAAAUACUUAUGAAUUACUAGCAGAAAAAUGUUUACUAUUAAGUAAUGCUUUACCAGGAUGCUCUUCUGAAUUAAUUGUUGAAGAAUUUUUUAAAGUUGUAGAGAAAUGUUGCAGUUACUUUAUAGAUAAAAUGA